UAAGCCUGGAUCCGGACGGAAGUGGGGCGGUAGCGGUGCCGGAAGUGGGGCAGGGUGAGAAAGUUCCAGCUGCUGGAUGAGGUGACAGGGGGACAUGAGCCUGUUUGAGCUGUUCAGGAGGUUCUUUGAGCCGGGAGGGAUCAGAGACCCGUUCUUCGGCGGGAUGACCUACGAUGAAGACGACGACGAUGAUGAUGAUGAGGAAGAUGCAGACAUUGGUCAUCCCUUUGGUCGGCCUCCUGGUUUCAACUUUGGAUUCUCGUUUGGACCCGGACGUGACCCGAUGGCCGACGUCUUCGGUUUCGAAGAAUUCUUCAGGGAUUUCAACGAGCUUUUUGCAGAUUUCGGAUCAAUGACUCGAGUGGUUCCUGAGCUGCCGGGAGCGGAUCCCCCAUUGCGGAGACCAGAGGGUUUUGGGGCAAAGUCGCUCCGGGACUUCAUGCUGAAAUCCCCAGACUCGCACCUCCCCAGAAGCCCCAGCACCCAGGCCCCUCCCAGACUUCCAAGGGCAACACCAUGGGGCAGAUACAGCUGGGAUGGUGGGGAGGUUGAAAUCCCACAAGGUGGCGCCAAGCAAGACCGAGAUCUGGACUCGGAAGUCUCCUCUCGGGGUUUGGACACGAUUCUGAGACCGUCGGAGCCGAGAGCCUCUUCCUUUUUCCAAAGUGUUUCUGUGUCUAAGUUGGUGAGACCCGACGGGACGAUAGAAGAGAGACGCACUGUGCGAGACAGCCAGGGGAACACGAGCACCACGGUGACUGUGCAGAGAGGGGACGAGAUCCUCAGCAGCGAGACACGCGAGGGCCCCCAGGGGCCAAACGUUGGGGAUCACGUACGCAGGCCCUCGGAUCCUCGCUCCCCUCCGGAUCUGUCCGACUCACAGACUGUGCUCAGCCGGAUCCUACAGAGAUGGUUUUCCCAGCGAUAGAGACUCCAUCACCGGUACCCACGAUCCUGGCACCCCCCGGGGCACCCCCAUAUCCAGUGUGUGCGUUUCUACUCUCCUGGGGGUUACAAGGACCCCAAUAAACCCCGGGACCCUGAUCUGCAGAUGGGCCCCCUGCUGCCAAUUUCCCUGUCUGAUAUAUAAUUAUAGCGCUUCCCGACUGCCUGCUGUCACCUCUAUAUGUCACGGUCUGGGCAAAAAAAUAAAUAUACCCCCCCCAGCUUAUUGGUUCAGGCCACAAGAACCAGGCACUCUUUUAUUUCUCCUAAUUUAUAUUGCUUUUCUGCUUCUGAAAAUCAUAAAUCUACAGUGCGUAGGAGCUGCCAUGUUGCACCAUUGUGUUUCUCCCCACAGUCCCAGGGGUCCUGCAUCAGGCUGGUACCCCAGAAACACCCAUAGGGAGCCAAUAAGGGAGGGGUCUCUACCAUGUAUAUAUUUAUAAAUAAAUAAAAAAUCCAAAUUA